UCUCUCGUUUACGUUAAAACCUCUUUGGCCCUCUCUCCAAAGAAGGCAGUGAGAGGUUUCUUGAUCUGUGAAAGUUUCCCAAAAAUGGUGAAUCUUCCUGGAGGUUGUACGAAUGGAAAGCAAUUCUCCAAUUACGUUAAUGAAAGAGUCAGGGAAUGCAUCCAGAGGUACAUGAGCAAGGAAGAAACUGCGAGACAUCUACGUGAUCGAUAUCAAAUCGCAUACGGAUGCACAGAGAUAGCUUGGGGUAAUAUUGAAAGAUGGAAUCCAGAAUUCUUCAGAACUUACUUUGAGAACGGUGCACCAAAUGCAACAGCUCUUGCUAAACUGGCAAAAGAAACCGCUCUUGCUCAAUUAAAAGAAGAAACUGGAUCUUAUUCGCCACCAAAGGGAGAGUCAGAUAAGGCACCGCGUUUGUGCUCUGAUACAAGGGCCAGAGAACAAGAGCAACAAGUAAGGGAGUCUGCUCGAAGCCAAGUGCCUGAAGAUGCUGCUUAUGCACAUGAUGGUAAUCCCAUAGCCUUUGUGGAGCAGAGUUCAAGUAAAGCAGGGCAGUCCCAAGCUCUAGAGAAACAAACGCUUCAAGCCUCUCGUCAGCAGCAGCCAGUUUAUCCCACAGCCGAAUUUUGGCAGAAUCUUUCGACUACUUUAGGUCGGAUUCAGUGCAAUACAGACCAGAUGGUUAAGCUAAUGACUGAUGGACAUGGAUUUGCAGCACAUCCUUCUGCUGUGGGAUCCUCCAAGAGACGGCGAGUUGAGCGGGAGAAAGAGAGAGGUGACACUGUCGAAGCAGAGAAGCUGCAGGAUCAGAAUCUACAACUGCCAGAGCAAACGCAUGGAGAAUCUCGGGGAACCAACGCUGCGAAGAAACACUAGACACGAUUGACAGAGAGAUGCUGUUCUCACAUCACAUUAGUAGUAUUUUAUUACCCGAAAAAUAUUGCAGAGACGUAUGUUAUGAUGCUUGUUUUUCUUAUUGUCAUCCUAGACAAUACUACUAGCUAAGCAAUCUAAGAAACACUGGGGAGAGAUUUUUAUGGGCUCUAUCAAGAGAGACAAACAUGUAACAAGUUAAAGAACAUAUAUUCAUUCUAUCAAACCUCA